CGGGAGUCUGAGCGCACAUGUAUUGCACAGGCAUUGCAUAGGACUGUAUGGUUGUGUGGAGCGAAGUACAGGCAAUAGUAGUGAACAUUGUCUGUGGAGUUGAGCUAAUAUUGUCUUUGCAUCGCUUUAUCGCAUCAUAUGUUUGGCUAACACUUUGAUAUUUAUUUGGCAUUAGUUUUAGCAAUAAAUAGCUGUUGUGUUGCCUAUCAUUGCUAUCAUUGUCACAGUGUUUGCAGACAAUUGUGGCCUCAAUUCACUGCUGAGAAUAGCUGUGUGUUUGAGACCUCAUAAGCGAUGGAAAGCGAGGAAAACGUCAAGAAUUUGGUUCAUCUGAACGGCAACUCCAAUGGCAGUCCACCCAAGAAUCACAGCAAAGCGUGUGUUGUGUUGGGCGCCCAAUGGGGUGAUGAGGGCAAAGGCAAAGUGGUCGACCUCCUGGCCAUGGAUGCAGACAUUGUCUGUCGGUGUCAGGGAGGCAAUAACGCGGGUCACACCGUAGUGGUCGGGAACGUGGAGUUUGACUUUCAUCUGUUGCCGAGUGGUAUAAUUAACAGCAAUUGUGUGGCAGUGGUUGGCAAUGGGGUUGUCAUCCAUUUGUCGCAACUGUUUGACGAGAUCCGCAAGAAUGAGACCAAAGGGCUGUCAAACUGGAAGCAGCGGCUCUUCAUCUCAGACAGGGCUCACUUAGGUUUGCCUCAACUCCCUGUCCCCUAA